AUGGCUCACAAACCGCCCAAACGGCCGAUAUUGCAGUUUGACGUCGAAUCUGCAGUUGACUGCUCCCUCUGGAUUGUCCCAGCGUCCCUCCGUCGCCGUCUCACAGUUGCAACGAUGUUUCAAUCACUCCGGGCAUCUCGGUCGCUCUUGACCCGAGUGGCUCGGCAACAAAGCCCCAUCGCUGUUCGAACCUUUGCUACUACGUCUGCUCGACAAGGUAGAAGAGUUAAACAAGCUCCUCUUUCGACCCCGGAUGCUGACCAAUACUCUCCAUCAGCCGACCCCGUGCAAGAGCUCUAUCUUCGCGAACUCCGCGCCUAUAAGCCCGCGCCUUUGAAGCCAUCUGACGCCGAAGCCUACGUGCAAAAGUUCGUCAUGCCCACACCACCCCCGUCUCCAGAGGAAGCAAACAUCGCCUCGGAGUUGAAAGCGUACGAAACGCAGGAUGUCGAAGUGGAAGGCCAGGCUGCCCCUGGGGAGACUGCCGCCGUUGAAGAGGAUUGGUUCGAAUUGCCAGAAGAAGAGGAAGCUUCCGCUGCUCACUAA